AUGUCUGCCCAACCACUUCGUGGAAGCCGCCUCGUCAUUCAGACUCUGAACCCUACAGUGCUACCACCAACGGCUCGUGGACCAAGUGGUUCUAGUCGUGUACUUAUCAAUAACCUUACGACGAGCGCUGGUCAGAAGCGCAAACAUGUGCAAACUCUCAUCUCGCAGACUCGAUCUACUUGUUCAGCAGACUGCCAGCUCAUAGUAGAGUCACCAGUACUUCCCCCUUCGAACAAAGGUGAUAUCCAGCUGAAUGUGUUGGAGCAGCCAUGCCUGCUACUGGAGACAACACCGUCUGAUGCACCAAAUGAUGACCUCGUUUGGAAUUCUGUGUUGCUGCACACCAGUGAUCUGUACACCCGCACCUUGUACUGGGAUGCUUUAGUAGCAGUGGAUGCUGUUUUUAGGAUUAGUGUGGAUCUGUGGGUAUUGCAGGAUUGGGAUGGCGAAGAGGAAGUUCUACAGCUUGGAUCUUACUUUCAUGUGGUCUACCUACCUCAGAGUGACGAUGAAUAUGGGGACACCCUGUGUUCCUUCAUCGACACCUUGUGCUGCCUCCCACUUAUUGCUCCGUUCCCGGCCCCUCCUGCAGUUUUAUUACAGUUGACACCCUUCAAUGACAAGUUUAUUUUCUCUUGUGCAUCAGCUAUGGGUCGCUAUGAGUCCGGUAAACGUGUUGUUGUUACAUUGCAGCAAGAUGGCCGUUGGCAUUGUCAUUCGUGCCGCUACUCAGAUGCUUGCAAGCACAAGCCACAUGCGAAAGCUUUUGCAUUGGAAGCUGGACUUAUGGUGAACAUGUAG